AUGACCUCCUUACUCAACAAAGAUUGUCGCAUCAAAGUUAGCUCAGUUCUAAACCGUGAAACGACCUUGUACGGCAAACAAUUCCUCACAGAUGAUAACGAAGAAACAUGCUGGAAUUCUGAAUCUGGCACACCACAAUUCAUUAUGGUUGACUUUGGUCGUAAAGUGUUAGUUGAAACAAUCCAGCUCAUGUUCCAGGGAGGGUUCGUUGGCAAAACAUGUCAAUUGCUUGCCUGGACAGACGAUAAUGAAUUUGUUGAGAUGAUGCGCUUCUACCCAGAAGACAUUAAUCCAAUGCAGAUAUUUGCUGAAAACCAGCGUCAGGAAACAUCUAGAGUCAAGAUUAUCUUUGAGUCAAGCACAGACUUUUUCGGACGUAUCACUGUCUACAAGUUGGAUAUCCUUGGACGCGAUGUUUAA